GGAUCGUAUUCUAACCAAUGGCAAUGAAGUAUGGAGAACUAUGAGCGGAAAAGCCAGUCUCAGCCAAUAGAAACUGAGAGUAAAGGAACCUAAUCUGCAUACAGGGACUAUAAAAGGGGGGCGAACAGAGCUGCUGGGAACGUUCCUGUGGUUGGUUGCUGUGGUGUUUGGAUCGUGUUCUGUCACUAUGCCUGAGCCGGCCAAAUCUGCCCCCGCCCCCAAGAAGGGCUCCAAGAAGGCGGUCACCAAGACCCAGAAGAAGGGCGACAAGAAGCGCAAGAAGAGCCGCAAGGAGAGCUACUCGAUCUACGUGUACAAGGUGCUGAAGCAGGUGCACCCCGACACGGGCAUCUCCUCCAAAGCCAUGGGCAUCAUGAACUCCUUUGUCAACGACAUCUUUGAGCGCAUCGCGGGUGAGGCCUCGCGCCUGGCGCACUACAACAAGCGCUCCACCAUCACCUCGCGGGAGAUCCAGACAGCCGUGCGCCUGCUGCUGCCCGGAGAGCUGGCCAAGCACGCGGUCUCGGAGGGCACCAAGGCGGUCACCAAGUACACCAGCUCCAAGUAGAGCGGUGCGGAUUAACUCGAUUUUAACCCAAAGGCUCUUUUAAGAGCCACCCACACUUUCAGUAAAGGAGCUAAAGCGCUUAGUAAUGAUA